GUCCUGUACCUUCUCGAUAUCAAUCGCUUUAUUUUGGACCCAGUAAACCAUGCAAAAGUUUCACAGCGAGACUUUGCAUACCAACUUUGGCUUCCGCUGUUUAAGAAGCUAUUAUACAUUAACAAUAGCUUGGUGAGGAUAAAAGUUGGAGAAACCGUUCUGUCGGGAUUCACCUCUUCAAAAGCCGAUUUGUACUCAAAUCAUGACAUCCGUAUCCUUUUCAACUUCAAGCAGGAUGUGUUCGGCAUUGUUUGUGGUGAGGAAUGUAUACUUUUAGCUGGACAAGACAAGAUCGAACACAAUAAAUCCAAAUUAUUAAGGGAAGGAGAACUUAUGCAAAUCACCUUGCUAUCUGGCCCGAAUAGCUCAUUCUACGCGUCUCAGAUCACCAAGAAAAUCAAGUAACAUGUUACGAUUCCUCAAUUCUCCCAGCUAGAAGUCUUUAUUAAUGUAAUCGAGAAAUUGCUUAUGUCCAAAAAGUCAGUAGAAAAGACCUACGAGUUGAACGAAUCCAUACUAACAAGAAUUGACUAACAAAUGGAGCGCAGCUUACAAAAUGUUUUCGGUUUUUUUGAACACUCCCCUCAGGUUGCAUUCUCCGCUCCCCCUUUAUAGUUAAUUCACGCCUGCAAGAAGAGAAUAAAGUGUAUCACUCACUCCUGAGCAUACUCUAGGUGGUACUG